AUCACUGUAUUGUUGUUCGGUAUCCGAUGCUUUUCUCUUUCCUCUAGGCGAAAGUUUACAUGCUUAACAUUUUAGGCUUCUGCUCUUCUUCGUGUACUUCUUCAUCCUGUAUGUGAGACUUGGAUUAUCACUUGCAUUUAUCUUCAACUACUCCUAUUUAUUCCUCUCAUCAGAGCUCAAAAGAACUGCGGGAAUCCUGUGACGGAUGACGUGAAGGACAUUACAAAAUUGGUUGGAAAUCUUCCAAAUGAUUAUAUGAUAGCCCUUAAAUAUGUCCCAAAGAUGGAUGGUCUGUCUAAUCACUGUUGGUUGCAUCUGAUGGUGCCUGAAUUGGCCAAAAGUUUGAAUAAUCUUCUCCAAAAAUUUUCAGAGAUUUCUGAAUCUCUAAGUAAUUAUUCAAUCAUCAAUAAUCUCACAAGAAUAAUAGAUGACCUCAUGGCAUGCCUAGCUUCUGAUAAAAAUAAGCAUUUUGUACAGAGAAAUAACCACCUUUAUAAAAAAGGCAGUUUCAUUCCUAAAGAAUUCUUUGGAUACUUUAAUAGCUCUAUAGAAGCCUUCAGGGACUUUCAAGCUGAGCACAGUGACUGCAUUUUUCCCACAACAACAUCAAUGCCAGAGAAAGAUUCCAGAGUCAGUGUCACAAAACCAUUUUUGUUACCCCCUGUUGCAGCCAGCUCCCUUAAGAAUGACAGCACUAGCAGUAAUAGAGAAGCCUUUGGUUCCAUUAGCAGCUCUAGCCUGCAAUGGCUAAGCAUAGCAAUGCCGUCCAUUUUUUCUCUCAUCAUUGGCUUUAUCCUUGGAGCUAUAUACUGGAAGAAAAAACAUUCAAAACACUCAAUGGAAGUUGAAAAUAUACAGUGUAAUGAAGAGGAUAAUGAGAUAAGUAUGUUGCAAGAACGAGAGAGAGAGGUUCAAGAAGUAUAAUUUUGCUGGGUGUCCACACUGUUACUUUCAUGCACUGCAGGUAACAGUUUCGCGAUCGCUUCACAACUGAAGCAGCUUUAAGCCAAUUCAUAUUCCGUCAGGAGCGACAGGCUGAGUCUGUAUUCAUUCUUGCUACCCAUGACUCCCUAAUGACGAUUCAGCUCUGGGACAAAGUGUUCAAAUGAAUUAAACAUCAUUAAAAAAGAGGGUACACAGAGGAGGACUUGAAGCUUUCGAAGGCUUGCGAUUGCAUUUAGGACAGAACCGAUACUGGAAUUGGAAGCAGACCCUGCCUCAUUCCCCACAACUCCGGAAACGUGUCUAAACCGAAUCUCCAAAAAAGAUUUUAUUCUUUGAUUACAAUCUGCACCCUAAGGUUUAUUCUUUUUCUAAUAGACUUCAGCCUGAAUCAUCACACAAAAAAAGAGAGAGACUACAGAGGCUAUGGUUAAAAACAAAGCAAUGUAAAGAAAUUGAAUCUUAGAGGUGUGAUGUCCUGGCAAGCUGGCUUUUCACUCUACAGAGCUAGGUUCCUAUUAUGAGUCACAGAGAGGAGACUUUAAAUCUAGCAGGUGAUUAUUUGCUUAGAACACCACCUCCACAUCUGACAUGGUUUUGGCUGGUCCUUUCCAUGCAGGUGAAACCAAUUAGGAAUUAGUAUCAAGGUGCAGUUAGGUUGGAGAGUUUAAAAAUAUAUGUGUGCGUGUGUUUGUGUCUGUGUGUAUAUAUGAAGAAGCUCUCAUCAUGGAUCAUCAGAGGAGUACUUGAAGAAAACAUGAGGCACCGCGAAGGAAGUCAUGCAUUUUUUCUUGGCCACUCAAAGUUUUUAAAUGUUUGUAAAAUACAGCAGAUCUUGUUAUAUGCUAGAACCAUUACACAGAUUUAUGUAAAGAGUGUUAGAAGAAAAUGCUGAAUGUGUGAAGAUUCCAUUGUAAAGUAUCAACCAAAAAUGGGGAAAUAUGGGAAUGAUGCCGUUUCCAUAGAUAAUAUUCAAAAACCACGUUCCCUACAUGCUGAGGUUGGAAGCGUGCUAAUUGACACCGAGAAAGCAAGUGAUCUGGAAAACGUUAUGGAAAGUAACUUAGUUACUACUAACAUGAUCUUCAUUACCCAUAUUCAAUUAUCCAUUGUUAGAAUCCAGUAUCCUUAUUUAUUGACGUUUUCAUUCAACGAGCGAAAGAAAUUCUUAUUUAGUUGCAUAUCUACUGCUUUGAAAAAUGUGCCACCACAUUGUCCAUGUAAAAGAAGAAUUAGGUAUGUAUUGCCAAAAUGGACCCUUAGUUUUAAAAUAUACUUGCAAACAGUGUGUUGUUGGGCUUACCUUUGACAAUAUUUUCCAGAUUCCUGGAAAAGACACUUACCUGAGACAUUAGCUUUAGCUUAUUUGACACAUCUUGAUUGAGGUUUUAAUUUCUUCAAUAUGCUAUGGAGCUAUAUCUGGAAUAAUAAAAAAAAUUAACAGACCUAGAUGUGAUCAGUAUGUUAUCAGUACCACAUAAACAACAAAAUGAACUUCUGGUCAUUCUCUUCUGGGAAUCUCAGAAGUAUGACCAGCUAACAUUUUACUUGUUCUUUGGAGUCAAAUAUUGUUAACCACUGGGUACCUUGUAAUGGUUUUUCAUUUUCAAAGUUUACCCGGAUCAUAACUACCAUGAUGCUUUCAGAAGUACAGUUAGGUCCUCCCGAUUGCCGUUAAAUCCUGUGAAGAAUUGGGUGAUACCUCUUUUAUAAAACUUUAUUGACUCUUUCUGCUCUCAAGGUAUCAUUAGUGCCUCUAAGCAGUAAUUGAACCAAGUGACCUGAAAGAGUUAAUGUAACUUGGCACAGUAUCUAACCUGCUACAGGGAGUAGCUUAAUUUCUGAGAAAAUCUAGCCCAAUAUAAUUCUUUCUGGUUUUGUCACAGCCAAAAUAUGGGCAGUUCUUCACACUGCUUUGACAAUAUAAUAACUGGUUUUACUCUGAGGAGAAUGUGUACUUCCCUUAAAGGAGCCAAAAUUUGAGCCUAGUGCAUUUCCAGCAUUACUGAAUUCAAAUGUCUAUGUUUUUUGCCUAAAAGACUAUAUCUUCAAAAACGCUGCCACUUACAACACUUUGUAUUUUUGUUGCCUUUGAAAUGGUCUAAUUCAGAAACUGUGUGGUUUAAGUUAUACUGAGAGCACCUUAAAUACCUUAUGAAACAAAAAAUUCAUAAAGGAGUAAAUAAUCCCAGGCUAAAUUCAAUGGCAUUUGAAUACACCAUACAUUGACUGUAUAGGCAUAAUCCAAUGUGCUGUUGUGUGCAUAUUCGACUCCAUGAUGGUAUACAUAAAACUAGAGUAAUGUAAAAAGUGUUAUACUGAAAACUAAAGUGUUCAAUGUUUACUUCCAAUAAAAAUUAAAGUCAUUCUUUAGUAAGUUUUGAAAUGUUGUUGAUGCCUUUAUGGCAAAUUUUCUAGAAAGCUAUUCCUAUUUCAUAGGUUUUUCUCUAAAUUGUUUCAGCAUUUGAGGUGCCUCCUCCAAAAUUAAUUAUAACUCCUGGCACCUAGCCAUUUCACAUCUAUUCAUCUUCAAUUCAGAGCAAGGAAGUAAACAGAAGGCUGACAAUUUCCCAUACAGUUUUUUAGCUCUAAAGUCCCUUUAUACAAGUACACAUGACCUCAAAAAGCUCAUGCAACUAUUGUUCCUCUUGUAAAUAGGGUCUAUUAGCAAAAGUGGAAUUCAGUCUCAUGUGGGGUGAAUUAAAUGAUUUUCACAGGUGAUGACUUUUCCUUACCUUGAAUGCGUACUUUGGAUGUCAUGACAUGAUGUGAGUUCACAUUUAGAUAUUUAUGCAGCUGUUGUGAGGUCUUUAACAUUGAAACUGGCCAAAAUUAACUGUUCUGAAAUCUUUAUUUUAUUGAGGUGUCACAAUUAAAUGGUGAUUUGACCACUAUCUUAACCCCUUUAGGGAAGGAAUAAGCCAAAAUUACUGUUUUAGUUUCAAGGGAGAAAUGAGAGGGAUGUUUUAUUUUUAGACAUUGUCAAUGGCGUUUGAGGAAGUAUCAUUUUGAAAAAUACCCUGGGAAUUCCAGCAGCAUGUCAGGAAUUUCCAUCAACACAGCACAGUUGUGAAGCUCUUCAAUUACUACUAUAGAAUUGUCUUUGUUGAUGGCAAAAUAAUGGUACUAUUUUCAUAAUGAGGAAUAUCUACUAGCCAACAACCGUGCAGAAUGCUGAAAUUAUCAAGCAUAUGUACUUCAUAGAAUUGUUGGUCAUCACCAGCUAUGUUAGUAGCUUUCUCCCUGUAAUAUUGGUUUAAAAAAAUGUAAAAAUUCACAAAACAGAAUUAUUUAAACUGAACAAAAGAGUCGCGGUUGGCCACAAGAAUCACCUAUUCCAUUAUUAUUAUUAUAGUAUCGAGUGCUUACUAUGUGCAAAGCACUAUUCUAAGCACUGGGGUAGAUACAAGCUAAUUAGGUUGGACACAGUCCCCAUCCCAUUUGAGAUUCACAGUCUAAUUAGUAGGAAGAACAGGAAUUGCAUUCCAAUUUACAGUUGAGGAAGUUGAGGCACAGAGAAGUUAAGUGAUUUACCCAUUGGCACACAGCAAGCAAUUGGCAGAGCUGGGAUUAGAACCCAGGUCCUCUGAUUUCCAGAGCCAUGCUCCUUUCACUAGGCCACACUGCCAUUACAGAUUUCUAAGUCCAUGGUUUUACUUCUAGAUUUUUAAAAUGGGGGGGAAAAUGACAAACUUAUUCAGUUCUUGGAAAAAAGUUGACAUCAAACAGAUGCACAGGUGUAUUGCUAGUUCUAUCAUAGUUUGGAAAUUGCAUAUUGUAAUGUAAAUGUAUGUCAAUGCUAUUUUGCUUAGUUCCAUUUUGGCAAGACGAAUUCAAAAUGUUUAUAAAAUGUGGAGUGUGUGUGCAUUUAUGGAUGUGUAUGGGUGUAUCUAUGAGUACUUUUUAAAAUAGGUGUAUGUCCUGACCUUUUUUUUUUAUACUGGUUUGAAUUUGAAAUUUCACUAUAGAUAUAUACAUAUACUUUAUUGUUCUAAAUAAAGAAUUAUAUGCACUACAAA